CGCUACGCUCUUCUCACAUACCUGAUAACAAUGAAGAGGGCAAUGUGCUCCGAAAAAGUAAGUCAAAGACUGACAUGGAGUUGUAGUGCUGUUUUCGCUUACCUGUUCGUUUCGUUAUUCUUCCGCAUGUAUCCUACAACCUUCGUAUCAGUAGAGGAGGAUUUCGCAUAUGACAUCAUUCGGAACGAUUGUGCGUGCCAACAUGAAAAUGUGAUUUACGACUUCUGCUAUCGCCUUCCUACAAACACUAGCAUCAAAGGGCGGCGCUUUGAUUGCAAAUACAUUGCACAUCUUCAAAACCUAGGUCUCCUGUCAAACCAAAGCACCGUCGACUUUCAAAACCAUUACAUGCCCGCCCCCAGGUUUGUGACGGCAAUAUCAGAAAAUCACUUCGAAGAAGGUCUCACCUUGAUAGCAAACAUCCGCAAAAUUUGGAAAACGGAGUGGAUUUUCGUUUAUGAUCUAGGC